AUGUUCCAGACCUAUGUGGAAAAGAUCAGACCGCGUUUUUCACCUAAUACCAACUAUCUGUUUUGCACCACGGAUGGCAAGUCUUUUAGGGAAGGGCAUAUCUCAAGGCCGUUACCACGUACGUGCACCAGGUAACGUGUAUGUAUUUAAAUGAAAUUUAGUGUAGCUUCCAUAAAUUUAAAGCUUGUCGACCUGCAAAUAAAAACACUUAAGCUUAGGAUGCUUGUGUUUAAUGUUGAUAAGAUAUGAUAAGUUUAAAAGAUGUCUAAGAAGUAAGGAAAUGAAAAUAGGCGAGAAAAAAUGCUUGUUGCCUAGCAACCAAUGGCAGAACAACAAAAAGUGAAAACCACGCCUAAUGUAUAAAUAUCUAAACUAUCUACAUAAGCUAUUUGAGCUAAUUCUUGCAAAACUGAGGGAACUUAUGACCAUGAACAGACAGUGUUGAAACACCCUCACUUUUUUUACCUUGUGUUGAAUAGCCCUCUUUGGAGGGCAUUUCAACCUAAAAAAAAUUUUGGAAAUGUUGAAUAGCCCUCAUAGUCUGUUGAUUAGCCCUAUUAGCCUGUUGAAUAGCCCUCUUCUAUUCACCUUAAAGGAUGCUAUAGACCAAGAUAUAAGUAUAAGACUUGUACAGCACCUGAAGUAUUCAUUAGGGAUGGAAUACACUAGGUGCACCAUAUAUACUCUGGUUAAAAAUUCAUAAAUAAUUUGUAUUUUGACUUCCAGACACAAACUGGAUAUCGUUGGAAAGCUAAAGGCAUGUUCUUUUCAGCACAAGCAUUGUUGUUGAAUUAUUUUGUCACGUGUUGUAGAAGAUUGACACUUUUUACAGGACUUCUCUAUUCCAGGCACUAGUGUUGAAAAGCAACUAGGGUUUGAUCAAAACUUUCCUUAAUUCGGUCAAAUCUAUUCAAACUUGGACAGAGAAACAUGUAGCAUUAGUGGGACCUAUCCCUCGAGACACUUUUGAGUUUUUUAAAAAGGCUCUGUCUGGGCAACAAGUUAAAAUCUAAUAACAGCAAAUAUUACUCAUGAGGGCAAUUCAACUGGAAAAUGCGAUUUUAAAAACUCAUUUAACACACAGACGAAAAAUACUGAAAACAAAAUAAGUAUCCAAUGAAACGUCGUUACACGGAUUAUCUCGUGACGUGACAACUUAACUCAACAAUCCAACAAAGUUACAGACGAAAAAUACUGAAUUUUAAGGAAUUUUUACCCUUUUUUCACUUUGAACAUCGAUAAAAAAUUCAAAACAUAACGAAAAAAUCUGACAUUCACGUAUGUCAAAGACCAAUCAUCUUACACCAAACACACAAAAUCUACACGAUAACCAUGGUAAACCCGACUAGCUACACUAACUUCGUGUAAAAAGUUGAACUUCCCUCGAAAAAAAGGGAGGCGUUUCAAUACAAGAGGGCUUUUCAACACGUGAGGAGGGCACUUCAAGUGAGGGGGAGGGCGUUUCGACAGGUAGAAGGGGGCAGUUCAACAAAAGAGGGCUUUUCAACAGGUGUCAGGAAAGCGGUUUGCCAUUUCACGAGGGCACUUCAACUGGGAAACUAGCCCUAGUUAGGAGAACAGGUUGCUCUCAGGUUGAGGUUAGACAGAAAAUGCAAAGAAUGUUAUGAAUUGUUAAUAAGGCUUGAACACUCUCCACUAAAAAAAUUAUAGAAAAUUUAUGUUAAACUUAAAUACAACAAAAAUAAUGUUUUUGUUAGCAAUACAAAAUGGGCAUUUGGUAAGUGCAAGUGACACUUUAAAUAAGUCCUCCACGUUGCUGUGACGUCAUUCUAAAAAAUGACGUCAUAAAAGGAAAUUUCCGAAAAGGGAGGUUAAUCUUUGAUAAAUCGUUAGAAAUUGACAAUUCAAUGUUUCAAAACCAAAAUUUCACUUCUUAAAAUUGGAGUCAAUGUUGUUUUGUACAAUGGUAAUUAAUUUAACUUUUACUUAAAAAUUUAUCGCAACUUUGAAAAAGUGAAAAGGUCCAAUUCUAGUAGAAUUGAGCAUGAAAAAGAUAUACGGAAAUAAACAUUUUUCACUGGUAUGCAUAAGAGUCAAUCAACCCAAAACUUGUUAUACUUAGCACCCACAUGCAAAUACGUACCCAUUUAUUAACGUCAGAGAAACGUUUAAAGAGAGUAAACUUAAAGACAAAAUGAGGGAUUUUUCACACAAUUUUAGUGACUUUUGGUAUACGCUGAUAAACCGUUUCACAAGUUGCAAAAUUCUGAUAGUGAAGACAUAUCAGGGACCGCGGAGGGGGAGGGGCUGGUAGGGCCGCAGCCCCACCACUUUUUGGCGCCCCCGCCCCCACUUUUUGCGCUAAAAAGCAAACUAAUUAAAAUAAAAAAGAGACUUGAAACAAGUUUUUUUCCGUCUAUAUUCCGCUAUAUUCUCUGUAUUUUCUUUAAUUUCAAACGCCAGGCAUUUUGUGGGGCUCCUGUGCUUUUCGCGGUAAUUGUUUCCGUGGGGCCGACUUUCCCCUUGAUCAAACGCCAUGCCUUGGCCACCCCUUCGCUUCGUUCGGCAGCGUGUUUUGUACUUCCAUUUCGGGCAGAGUUUUUUUUUAUCAGUUUUAUCAGACGAAAUGAAGAAAACUACUAGCUUUUUCAAGCCAAACGAAGCUGAGUAGUUGUUUUGAGUGGAUAAAAGUUUUAUAUUUUGUCUUUCUCCUUUCGAAUCAAUGAAAUAUUCGAUGGCAAGAAGAAUUACAUUACUUGAACAGUGAACGCCUGAACGGCCAUAGUUAGAAAUUUUUCAGAUCACUUCAGUGUAGUAUUUUCUAUACUAAAAUUGUAAUUGCGUCUUUUCUUGCAUUGAAUCUGAACUGACCGUGUAUGUUGGUCGUUUAUUGAAAAAUUAUUUUCAAUUGUCAGCCCUCCCACUUUUCACCUUCCUCCGCGGUCCCUGCAUAUAAUUAAAAUUAAAAUGUUGCGCUUAAAAUGCACUUUAGAUUCAUUUAAGCUAAGCGAAAAAAGAGUGAAACUAGCGUCCUCCACUAGCUUCACAAGUUGAGAAAUUUUCCUUAAAAAGAGUAUAAAAUGCCCCCAUUUUAAACUUUUUUAAAAAACUUCAAAAAAUUAUUAAAAAUCUGCGUUAAGAGGUUAACGUCUGAAACAAGUGUUGAUUUAUUCGAACAACGAGAUACGCGUGUGGAUAAAAAAUUGUCCUUGCUGAGGCAACUAAGGGAGAAUAAGAGCAAAAGCUAUUUCAGAUCGUCAAUGUUGACUUUCAACUAAGGCACUUUUUAGGCUGAAGAAGGAGAGAAAAAAAUUCACAUCUCCUAAACUGAUGGGCCAAACUUAUUUUCCUUUUGUUAGAGCCUUAUAUAGAAACUGGCCAAUUGUGAAACGAAAGCUUGCUGCAUAAUCCUCUAUCUGACCCAUUUACAGAGCCCCAAGUAUUAGCUUUCAAAUGAAACUCUGCAAGCUCUAAUGAAAAAGAAAAGUGUAAAAGCUCGUACUAGCUUCAUUGAAAACAUUUGAUAUUAACAGAAAAAUUGUUCCUUGUACAGUUUUUCCAGUACCAGAAAAAUCAAUGAGUCCAAUUGAAUCCUGCGUGAGAAAAUUGAGUUUGAAAUAUCCUAAAAUUGAAUGUUAAGAGCCCUCUCAGCGAAAAAUUCAGUUGAGUGCUACUUCAAGCGAGAACCGGGUUAGUCAUCACAAUUAUGCUUAGAUUAAUUUGCACAAUCAGAUCUGAAAAACUGGAAAGUUUAGUUGCCAAAGAAUGAAAUGCAUGCGAUUUAUGGGCCAAAAACGACCAAGUAUCGAAUGCCCUCACAUGACGAUUUUGAGCUGACUCAAACUUUAAAAAUUCCAAAAAUUACAGAUUUCAACGAAAUAAGCCCGAAUUUGGUAUCUGAGUAUUUCUGCUAGCCAGAAUAAAGCAUGAAUUUUUUCAGUUCUAAACCCCUCAAAAUAUGGGUUUUGGAAGUUUCGAUUUUUCCGACUUUGUUUGGGUAGUCAAAUUUUGGCUCUUAUAAGCGGAAUAUAGGAGAAAGUGUAUAGACCUACAGUGGAACUUCAGAAGCGAUUUUGAAGCGUUUUUGACCACCUUCUGGGUUAUGCAAACGUGCAGGGGUUAAUGCCGGGUUAGGAUUCCGACCAUGGAAACAAUUUUCGCAAUAAAGAAAAACUCCUUUUAUCCAUUCAGUGCCUCAAUCGCUUUCUUUCUGUGCAAAGCGUUUUGCAAAUGACCACCAUUUGAAUUUUUUAUGAAUUUUUAACUUAGGUGUGCUCUCUGUCCGAUGCAUUUUUUCGUGAUAUUUUCAUGAUAAUUCAGAACUGUUUAAGUCUUUUUAGCUCCCCUUUAAGAAACAGCAGGCCCCAGUAGGGACAAUCAAUCAACAAAGGAUUGGAUGAAUUCCACCGAAAUCGUUUUCCAUUAGAAGGCCUUUAAUUCUAACCCUCAAUCCAACUGAGGGCAAUUUCCUACUCAAACGUAAUUUUUUUUUGGCAAGGCCAAAAUAAUACCAAAUUCAACAAGGAUAUCAUCAUUAAAAAGCUUGUAUAACUAGCUUCACAACAGUGUCAUUCUCGCUUCCAGGCAAUAAAAAAUAAUUUUUUUACGAAUUUUAAAGCAUUUUUGGCUUACCCUUAUGAAUAAUUCAUUUUUGUUAACUAUCUGCUAUAUCUUUUUUUAUAACAUAUAAAAAACAGUAAUCAAUAAUAGUGAAAAUGGUUCGUCUGCUUCAAAGGGCAUUCGAUGGGGUAUACAACGAUAACUCAUUUCUUUCUCAAAAAUAAAAUCUGAUUUUUUUAUCGUUUUUUUCCUUACAACAAGGUUAAUGAGGGCAUUUUAUACACAUCAUGUGACAUAUCUAUCAUCCCCUACCUUUACAAGUCAUCUUUAGGUGGGUACACGCCGUUUGAUGCUCCGUAAAUAUCACCUUUUUGCACCCUUCCAAGACUAGCUACAGGCAAUUUAAUUAUCCAUUAUGUGUUUUAAGGUGUUCGAGCCACUCCAGGUGUGAUUUUUUGGCCACAAGACGCUGUUGCUUUUGCGUGGUCUCUCAUUACAUUAACGUUGCUCAGCAGGUAAUUAUCUCAUUAACUAAUUCAAUUAGUAUGUAAUUCCCUUAGGGCUCCCAAUGCAGCACUGGUUGGAUACAUGACAGUGCAGGGAACAUUUUGACACCAGUCUUGUAUCAAGUGAGUCAUGCAGUAAUGAGAUAUGACAUCACAAAAGAACAAAUUUCCCACGGUUGUAGCAACUGAUGGUUUGCACUGGAAACUCUGAAAUUCACUUAGCCCUACAUAUGGGCUAAAUGCCUGCAAAAUUUGGUUGGGCAAGGUAUAAUCCUCUUAGGGAUAUUAACGGUUAAAGUUUUUUGCAAUAUGGCGGACCAAAAACCUUGUCACCAGUCUCUUGUCUCGGUUUUUUACAUGAAAACGAGUCAAACUUUAACCCCUAAUAUCUCUAAGAGGUUUCAAACUUACAGGAUAGACUCCCACACUCAAGGGUUAUCUCCUGAAUAAGGGGGGUUCUCCGAAUCCGGGGGGGCUCCUUUUCCUUGCUAUUGUAGUUAUGGUGCUGAAUGUCCAUAGUUAUGCAACUAGCGCAGCGACGAGUAAGCACCAGUAUAGGAUAUUGUUGAUGGUGGUCUCUGUUUUCAGGGGGUCUUUGGAUCUGGGGGGCCCUCCUUUUCCUUACUCUGAUUGUAGGUUAAGUGCUGAACAUCCUUAGUUAAGCGACUACCGCAUCGACUAGUAAGCACCAGUAUAGGAUAUUGUUAAUGGUGGUCUCUGUCUUUGGGGUGUCCCUGGAUGUGGGGGGCCUCCGCUUCCUUACUCAGAUUGUAAAAUUGAUUUUCAGCUUUAAAUUGGAUUCCUUUAAAGCUGAUCUCAAAAAGGUUGCGCUUGAUGAUAAUAUUGGAGCUGAACUUAAAUUAAAGUUGUCAAAGGUUAAAGUCCCCAGCACUGUAAUAAGAAAUGACUCGAAUACAGAUUUCGACACCAUCAAGAACCAUUUCAAGAUAUUGUGUUGCACGAGGGCAGCAGCAAUCAUCCUGAAUUAUCCAUCACUCAACAAGCUGUCCACUUACAUGUGUCUAUCCUCGAUUUUGCUGCCUAUUGCAAAUACAAGAAGCGUAUGAGGUUUGAACCCAACAUGCAACAUGUGCUAGGAACAGUGAAGACAAUUGUCCAGUCGUGGAUAGCAUUUUUGGAGACAGUAGGCGAAAAAGAUGAAGUUGAACAGCUCAAAGCAUUCAAUACAGUGAUCGCAAAAGCCAAGGAGGGUGACGAAGAAAGUUAGGAUUUGAAGAGCCUUCAGACCUCAGAUUCCCCACAAUGGAAAAGACCGAGCCCAUUUAUAUCUUAAGACACCAGUAUUAGCAUGUGUACGACCAGUUACAUAUAGCCACAUACAUGAAAGACACUUUGAAGAACCUUUGUGCCACUUUAAUGGGUUACAUCAUGUGGAUACAAAAGGAGGUUUAUCCUAAAGAGACUCUUAAACUUAUCAACAUCGACUACAGAGAUUUGGCUGGCUCUAUGCAGGAGGAGAUCAAGAUGUUAAUGAGGGUGAUGAGAAAGAUAGAGCUGGCGGUGCGCGCUGAGCGCAUACAGCAAGCAGAAGACACGGUGGCAGAAAUCGAAGACGACAUUGAUGACCAACCACGCGAUUUAACUUAUGUAGAGGAGACCAAUAGUGAAGCCAAAGAAUCAUGCGAUCCAAGUUACGUAGGAGACAGAUAUUGAAUCCGACAUCUCGGAACAGAUACCAUUGUCCACCGCCCUCAGGACCAAGAAGCAAACUAAACGGGCCGAGCCAGCAAAAGAACCACAGAAGCGAAAAAGACCAUCAGAAGAUUCGGCGGGCAGCACAGACACUGCCUUGAAAAAGGCUAGACCAGACAACACCACAAAACGGUCUCACCACAGUGGCAAAGAGGACGGUAAUCUUAAGAGGCACUUAAAAUCACAUGCCAGAAAGGGCCACAUCGAGAACCAGCAAGUGGACAAGACGUUUUUGGUUACAUCACACCAAGAAAACACCCAUGGACAAGCGCGAAAAACUAAAAAAUUGUAUACUGACCGGUUUACCGUUCAAGUGGUGCCCCGUCGAUGACUGUGAAGUUGUCACUCAUCUCAUGAGGAGCCACAUCACACGUAAACAUCGAUUAAAACCAGGUCCCUUGUUGGAAAAUUACCUGCGUGUUGUGCGAUCGUACAAAGGGAAAAAGAUUAUGAAGGAGAUCGAGCUUGCGAGGACCUCCACCAGGCCCCCAACGCACACAAUAACAUCUGCAUCAGCAACAACAUCUGCAUGCAUCAGCUCACCUUCCCCACCAACAGUCCACUCCACAGAUAGUGCCAUGGAAUCUCAAGACAUAAAAGAAGAUAUCACAACUGAGGAGAGGGACGAUGAAGAAGAGUCAUGCCCUGAUGAUGAAAGAAUGAUUGAUUAUCCAACAGCGUCAAGUCCAAAGGACAAGAUGCAGACUUGGCUAGGCCUAUUUUACAAGUAUCUUAACACGCCAGACUGUGGGAGAAAGAGAGACAAAAACCGUCUCCAGCAUGCCACCCACGUUCGAACAAUUUUAGAAGAUAUUGACCCAGAGGGGAAAGACAUCGAGAUACUAUCAGAAGAUGAAGGAUACAUUGUAUGGACAGAGUGGGUGGACAGAAAAUUAGAAAACAAGCGGUCAGGUACUGUCCGUUCACACCUUGGCUCUUACAAUCACUUUCUAAAAUUUGUCACCAGAGGGUGAGAACAGACGCUGUGCCGUCCCUCAGCCCCAUGGCCCUGGCCAUCUUCAAAGAUGUUAAGGAAGUGAUCUCUGCCUGGUGCCGAACCAUUGACCUUGAUAUGCAUCCUCAAAAAAAGCGAGAAAAUUCUCAAGACCCGCGAUAAUAGGCUGACUAAUGAUGAUGUAGAGAAAUUCCAUAGAAGCAAAGCAAUCUUGGAAAUCCAAGACUUCGUAGAGGCAGCAGUGCGAGAAGAACCACUGAGCAUGGUAGAAAACUGUGAGGUGCGUGAUUACAUCUUGACCAUGCUCACCUUGACCACCGGCACUGGCCAGGCGAGCUGGAGAAGCUCACUUUGGAAAAUUACACCACUGCAAGGGUCAAUCCCAAAAGUGGCAGAUGAGUAAUCUUGGUUCCAAAUCACAAAAGAUCAGUGGACAGCCCCACCGUGCUACCUGUGAAAGAAUAUGUUCAGAACCUCUUGGAUGUUUGGGUGAAGUUUAUUCAGCCAGCUUUUCCAGAGAAAGGUUUUAAGAAUCUCUUUCUCCAGAUAGAUGGAACUGCUUUUGACGGCUGGACCACUGGAAAACAAUUGCCUGAACUCUCAAAAAAGUCUGGUGUGCGGCCUGAUCUUAGAGUGACGGCCACAGACAUUCGCCAGUGGCUGGUAACAACUGUGCAUGAGAAGAAAGCACAGGGGGCAUCUUUUGACAAGUCGGACCUUCAGAGAACCAUGUGCCAUUCUGACAAAACCGCCAAACAAUAUUACCUGAGAGGGGAGUUAACAGAAGUUGCAGACCGGGCCUUGGACAUCAUUAUAGAGUGCACGCCAGACCCAAAACCAAUGCUAUGCGUAGAGGCUGGUGAUGAUCAGGCAGUUCCCACCGGAGAUCAGGGCGACAACCUCGAACGGGCAGGUCCCACUCUUGAUCAGGGGGAUGAAGCAGAAUGGACCGGUCCCACAAGUACUCAAGGCGCCAAAGAGAAACCUGAAGGUCCCGGUGAGCUUCAACAGUGUGACCUUGCUAAAGAGGACGCUUCCACAAAACGAUCCUUGACCAGAACUGAGAAGGCAAUCAUCUCCAAAGUCUUUGCAGACCUAAUUGCAAGCACGGACAGGGUAGAGAUCCAGGAAAUAAGACACGGAAUGAGAAAAACUGUCCAACUUAGAAUAUUACUGGAGAUCACUGGGAUGGACGUCAAGGUGGCCGAU